AUGUUAGAUAAUCCCAAUGAGGCAAUCUUGCCAGACUUCACGACUGUCGAGUACGCCACGGCCAGGGCUCGUCUAAUCGCUAGAGGUGUCGUGAAUGAAGAAGCAGCUGCGGAAGCGCUUGAAACUAUCUGGACCUUCAACAACGACACUGCCAAAGACGCUUGGGCAGAGCAAGCAGAAAUAGAACUAAGGCAGGCUCAAGAAGCUCGGUGGGUCGCAGCCGAGCAAGAGCAAGAGCGGCAGCAAGCGCUCGAAGACGAACUUAUUGCAGUGCGCAAGGAAGAACACAAGAAGAAUAAAGCUAAAUUCGUCCCCGUCUCUACAGCUAAGAUACCAACCAUUCCCACCGUCAUCCCUUCUCACUAUGCUGUACGCAAACUCAAAACUGGGGAUUACUGCGAACUCUUUUACUUCACCAAUAAAGGCCUGUCCAAAGCCAAGAAGAAUCUUCUCUCAACAGAACCGCAAGGCUUAAUCUUGAUCCUGGGAGCAGAUGGCCAACAGACGUGGGUUAACGCGGACGAAACUUGCGACUCCAAGACUGUCAUCAUGAAGGAUGAGAAUCUAUCUUGGGAAGAAUUCAACGAAGCCACACUGGGCAUGAUCACGGCCAUG